UUAUCUACAUAUUUGAAGCUCUCUCUGGGAAGCCACUGGGAGAUGGAAAACCUCUAACCCACAAGACAGAAAUUGUGGAGAUUGCUUUGGACCAGAAAGGCCUUACAAGUGAAAGGAAAAUAGCUUUUAUUGAUAAGAACAGAGACCUGUACAUUACGUCAGUGAAAAGGUUUGGGAAAGAGCAGAAGAUUGUCAAAAUAGGGACAAUGGUGCAAACUUUGGCUUGGAAUGACACGUCCAACAUCCUCUGUGGGAUUCAGGACACUCAUUUCACAGUCUGGUACUAUCCCAACACAGUCUAUGUGGACAAAGAUCUUCUGCCCAAAACUCUCUGUGAAAAAGAUGCAAGUGAGUUCAACAAAAACCCCCAGAUAGUGUGUUUCGUAGGAAAUCAAAUCACAAUUAGAAGAGCAGAUGGUUCCCUUGUCCACCUGAAUAUUUCUCCUUAUCCUGCACUUCUCCAUGACUAUGUCAGUACUUCCAAGUGGGAAGAUGCUGCCAGGCUGUGUCGUUUUGUUAAGGAUCAGACCAUGUGGGCAUGUUUGGCUGCCAUGGCAGUUGCCAACAAAGACAUGGCCACAGCAGAAAUUGCCUAUGCAGCCAUUGGGGAGAUUGACAAAGUUCAGUACAUCAAUUCCAUCAAGGAUCUUCCAUCCAAAGAGUCCAGGAUGGCUCAUAUGCUGCUGUUCAGUGGGAACACCCAGGAGGCUGAGACCUUGCUGCUCCAAACAGGCUUGAUUUAUCAAGCUAUCCAAGUCAACAUUAAUCUUUUCAAGUGGGAGAGGGCCCUAGAACUUGCAGUGAAGCACAAGACACACGUUGACACAGUCCUGGCUUAUCGACAGAAGUUCUUAGAGGAUUUUGGUAAAAAAGAAACCAACAAAAGAUUUCUGCAAUAUGCAGAAGGUCUGGAAGUGGAUUGGGAUAAAAUCAAAGCCAAAAUAGAGAUGGAAAUUGCCAAAGAAAGAGAACGAGCAGCAGACACUCCUGCAGGGAGAACCAGUGUGACUGUGCAGCAAUAA